AUGGAUAGUGUCUCUAGGUUACUGUUUGGGGAUAUUUUGGAUAGCACAUCCACGCCUUUGGGUACAGACCAACAAAACAAAGAGGGCCAGAAAUCUGCUCCCAAAUCAACCCAAAAGGCCAAGGAACGAGACAAGGACAAAGAUAAACUAACAUCUAAGUCAAGCUCCAUUAUGGAGCAAAGUUUGGAUGAGAGUAAGCCCCACUGGACCCUGCGUGUAGUGAGUGACCACAGUGAGGCAGGAAGUAUAGAAGUGAAGAAAGACACUGAGAAACUAGAGGAGAUCAGAGCCAUGAAACUGGCCUGGGAGGCAGCUGAGCCCGGCAGAGCAGCAAAGGGUCAUCAGUCUCGGCUACAUUAUCUCAAAGAGCUGCAAGAACGUGCAGAGAGUAAAGAGCCUGUCACGGCAGAGACAGACAAUCAACCUCAGCCCCAACAGAGUGGAGAGUUCAUACAGAAGACUGACAAAAAUUAUAUUGAUUAUGCACCAUUUAUCAGGAAGUCUUUGCCGCAGCCUCGUCUGAAGGAUGAAGUGUUGGAGGAGGAGCAGAGGAGGGAACGCUCUGAGAAGUUCCAAAGUUUCCGCCUGAUCUGGGACAAUAUUCUGGAACAGCGUAAACAGGAAAAAAUUGCACGCAAGGAAAUGAUGAAACGACAGCUAGAGACUUACAUUGGCUUUCAGGACACAAUGGAUGCAUAUCGGCAAAAGAUGCUACAGACUCGUGAGGCAUUCUGUUCCCGCAUCCUAAAGGAGCAGUCACAUAAGAAAAUGGAAGAGCCACCUAAGGAAACAGUCGAACAGGUUGAGCUAGAGAAAAACCCUACUGUGGUCCAGUCAAGUGGACGUAAGAGUGGGGGCAAGAGGAAGUGAUCUGACCGACCAAAAUUUCAUAGCAAUCAAAUAAGCAGUCACUCAUUCUAAUAUUACUCUUCGUUUUAUUAAGACUAUUGCAUUGCCUGUCCUUUUUGAAAAUAUAUUAAGAAAAGAUUUAUUUUGUAACAAGUGAAUUCAGUUUGUAAGAUUAGCAUGCAGAGUCACCUUUCACUGUCAGGUUAUCUUCCUCUGUGAUUCUUUAUUUAAAUGGUUACUGUCAGGAUUGAUUUGAGCAGCUCUGAAGGACAGCCUGUCUCAGAGUGGCGAAUAUUGUUUCC